CGUACUUCCUUGACUCAUAGGACAAAGUGACCAGCAACUCAGCUGCAUGGCUGCUAGCGUGCCUCUCGAACUCGUCCAUGCAGCAUGACGCUUGCCGCCGCUGAUAGCGUACCGUCCAUUCUGCAUUUGACCAUCUAACACCAAAAGUAUCCUCGCUGGCACCAUGAAACUCUCCGUGUUCGUCGCUGCUCUGUUGGGCCUAGCCGCCUCCCCCGCUGCGGACGCUUCGCUGCACCUGCGUGUCCACAUCCUGACCGAGAAGGCGGGACUGUACCAGCAGUGUGAAUGGGAGAACAAGGCCGUCAAGUGCGACACUGGCAUGUUCUGCCAGAUGAAGGAGAAGCACUUUGGCUGGUGCAUGAAGAAGAACCCGGGACUCAACGACCAGUGCGGUGGCAAGGGCACCGCUGGCCCCUGGUCUGUGCCCUGCAGUGGCAGCAACCUCAAGUGCGUUCUCAUCUCGGACCAAUACAGCAAGUGCCAGAAGAAGACCGACCGUGAAAAAAUCAAGAUGCCUAACCACCGCAAAGAGGAGGAGGGGGAGGAGAAGGUGGCGCUCAAUGAACGCUGCAAGUUCGAGGAUGGCACGAAGAGCUGCGCGUCUGGUCUGCAGUGCGUUGAGGAUAGCGAGUGGUCUGGCAACUGCAUGAAGAAGGAAGCUGAUCUGUACGACCAAUGCGCUGGCCAGGAGAUCCGCGGCCUUUGGAAGGCUUCAUGCCCCAAGGGCGCACUUUGCCGCGAGUCCGACACCUUCUACAGCCAGUGCCUGCCCGAAGCCGUGUCCAAAGCUAUGGACGCGUAGGCGGACUACAGUUUCGAUCUUGGCGAGCUGGAAAGAACUUUCCAAAGCUCGUAGUGGAUAGUGAACUCCCCAACCUCUUUUUAUGAAAGAUAACAAACCUGUUGACUAAUAUGUCGUUAAAUGCUUUGGACUCGCCGAGUGUUU